AUGGCGGAGGUUUUGUAUUCAAAGAGUUCAAUGAAAAGUGAAAUGUUCGAUGAUAGUGAGUCAAAUAUUAAAGCGGACUUUUUCGAUGGCAAAAUUGAGGAGCUUCCUACGGAUAACUCUGACAUAUUCUUCGGUUCUGAGUCCUCGGAGUUUUUCCCCGGAAGUGAUCCGUAUGGCGAUCUUUUUCUAAUGGAUCCUAAUGAUCUUCUGGGCGUCCGUGAGGAAGUUGUUGGGAAUGAACCUUCAAAGAGUUCGGAAGAAAUUCCUGUCCCUGGAUUGCCUCCUAGUGGCGAAAUCACUCUCCCUCCUCGUCGGGAUUUUAGGCGAAGGAGGAUGAAACAGAAGCAGCUAUGUAAAGGGAAUCAAAGUACGGAAGACCGCGAUAGCUCUGAUAUAGAGGACUUCUCUAUUCCCAUAACUCCCAACCAGCAGUCUUUUGAACCCGAGCCUUUUCCCGUACAGGGUCGUGUUGAUUGUCAGAUGCGCUCCUCGAUCUCUGUCGCUGAUGGCGUCCGUCCAAAAUUUGUUAAAUUCAAUCCGGCCGUUCCCUCAAAUGGUGUAGGAGUAGCACAGAACGGCGUUGUCACCACUCACAGGAUCCUGGCAUUCAAGCGAAAGGCAGAUUAUGGACGUCAACUUCUUCCCCGUGCCUUAAUUCUGCAGUUUUUUGAUCGGGUCUCCCCACGCCAUCUACAAGGAAAUACUUCGAACUUGCAUCGUGUCAAACUUCGUGUUAGUGUUCAAGUCUUACGCGUAUGUUCUUCGUUGUUUCGCCCCUCAAUAGGUCAGAGCCAGUCUGUGAGUUCGAGCUCAAAUGUUGUUGCGAUGACUGUUGCGACGCUGAAGCGACGAGGUACUGCGGGUUUGUUUGGCACUUCGCUCCCUGAGUAUGGCGAUGUGUCUUUCCCUGGUUCAAGUCACCAAGCCUUGCAGGCUUCCCAACAGGGUCGGACAGUGGCUUGCCCCCAUAAAAACUGCGGGAAAUUGUUUCGCGAUAAUUCUGCGAUGCGGAAACACCUACACACCCACGGUCCUAGGGUGCACGUCUGCGCGGAGUGCGGUAAGGCUUUUGUGGAGUCCAGCAAGCUCAAGAGGCAUCAGCUGGUGCACACAGGGGAAAAGCCCUUCCAGUGUGCAUUCGAGGGUUGUGGGAAGCGAUUUUCCUUGGAUUUUAAUCUGCGUACACAUUAUCGGAUUCAUACUGGCGACCGCCCAUACCUCUGUCCUGUUGAGGGUUGCAGCAAGCGUUUUGCUCAAUCUACCAAUCUCAAAUCACACCUCUCUACUCACACCAAAGUCCGAUUUCGGGGUCGGGGGUAUGUUCCACAGUCAUCUGCGUCUGCCUAUCUGGCAGCAUCCAACAGCGGCUACGAUUCUGACUAUGCGGCUUUCCCCUCAAUUCAACACUCCCCGCAUCAAAACCAACAGCAUCAUCGUUCACUUAUGUUGUCAUCAUCUAUCAGUUCCUCAACUCGCCUUCCAGACGGUGGGAUUAUUGCCGCCAGACAUCCCAGCCUAUCCUCUCCUUUCGUAAUUGGUACAACACCCAAUUUGGCGGAAGGAGAUGAGAAUGAAGAGCAUUCCACGGGUCUCAUGAUUGAUGAGCCACCCUCUUCCUCGUCUUCUCCGCCCCGACGCCGAGUUCACACUGCUGGUCUUAGAUCUGGCGGUGGCAGUAGCAGCACCGGUGGUAAAAUUAAGGUGUCUAGUGAUCUCUUGAGCGACUCAAACUCCUUCCUGUAA